UGGAAUCUUAGCCUCUGGACCACCAGCAAAGCUCUCAUUGUGGUUUUUAUUUGAAUCCCCCUAAUGACGAAAGAUACUGAGCAUAUUUUCAUGUGUUCUUGAUAAAAUGUCUAUACAAAUCUUUAGACCACUUUUUAGUUGGGCUGUUUUCUGUUUAUUAGGAAGUUGUAAAUGUUCUUUGUAUAUUCUGAAUUUAAUCCUUUAUCAGAGAUAAAUGUGAUAUGCAAAUAUUUUCCCCCAGAAUCUUUUCAGUGUCCUCCCUCAUAACUGUCUUUUAUCUAUUACUGCAACUGCGGCUCACCCACCAAAUACUGCUUUUCCUCCAGUGGGGAUAAGCCAUAAUGGAUUUCUUGUUAUCAAGUAAAGUUUAAGUGAAGUCAAGAAGAGAAAAACCACAUAACUCUCCCACAGAGGAACAUGAAAUUACGGAUGUCUUUCAUGGAAACCCCCUGAAACAUUUCCAUGAGAAGUUAAAUUCAAGAAAAUAAGGUAUACUGAAAUCUAAGGGUCAUUAUUAAAAGGUUUAGAAAACUGCUUCAACCCCAGUAAACUUUAAUAAAAGAAAGUAGGGUUUCACCUCCUUGCCUUACUUUAAAAAGCCUGCAACACUGGCACCCAAAAAGGAGGGUGUCUAAGAAGGUGUCUAUUGUCUAUGAUCCAUAAAGCAAUGAACACUUUUUGACUACUAUGUACCAUAUAACCUGAUGAUUCAAGGUGAGACAUGGACAGGGCGUCUAAACUCUCAAGAGAUGACUGAUAGUGGGGAGGAAAUCACUCAACAUUUGGACACCACUUUUUCCAUCUACUAUCAAAUCCAGCAUCCAAAUGUCAUGUGCCACUAGGGAACAGAAGAGAAGGCCAGAAUAACAGACAAAGAAAUACAUGCCUCUCCACAGGCUGCCCAAUUCUUCAAUAUGCUUUUGCUUUGAAAGUACUCUGAGCCUGCUGACCAGCAGACAUAACUGCUUACGCAACCAGUAAAUUACUUUGGACUUGGAGGGGAUGAGGUUACUUGGGGUCUCUCUGCAGCUUUGUGGUAUUUAUAAGCAGUAUUGCUUAGGAGGCAUGACAGUCUCACACGGUUUCAUUUCAUGAGAAACAGCGUGACUUCCCUUAGAGUGAAUCCUUCCCAAAAGACAUCUGACUUCAGCAGCACACUUUGCAAAUCAGUUCCCAGGAUCUCUUCUCUCUUUGAUCAACACCUGAGGGAAGUCAGAAAACGGGGAGCAGACACGGAGCAGACUGCCAAAGGAGAAGUGGGGGGACUGUCACCAUUUAACAUGUGCUGCAUGCACAUGCGACCUUGGGCAAUCGUGAGCAAAAAAAGACUGUGAGGAAUCUGAAGCUCAGAAAGAUUUGAGGUUUCAGCCAAAAUUUCAAAAACUAGUCACUCAAAGCCGAUUUAAUUAUUCACUCCUAGCCAGACUUUGAGGUUGGAUGGAGAACAGUUAUCAUAGAGAAAUACAGGGACUUCAAGAUAAAGGUUCAAGCAGUGAUAAAUUCUGAACGGGAACCUAUGUUGGAAGAAAACAUAGAAGCCCACAAAAACCUGAGUUCCACCGGGGAUUUUUUUUUUUUUUAGAGCCUUCAGUCCAGUUCGAAAAAGCUUAAGUGACAUGAUGAAGUCAGUCAGCUAGUUAGUGUAAAGCCAGAACUAGAAGCCCAGAGAUUAUAAGACUGGGUCCUGAAGGUAGUUGAGUUUAUAAAACUCUUAACAUACAUCGGUCCAAGAUCUUUUAACUAACUUUUAACAAUCUCCAAUUGCAUAUAAGUCUCAUCAGAGAUGCAUUUAAAUACACGUGCUGAGCUUCAGGUCGACGGGGUGGGGUAGGAUGAAGCAGAAGCAGUAUGGCCAGACACAGGCUAACGUGUCCUGAAAACACUCUUGGACCCAGGUUCCUAUAGACGAUGUCACAUAAUUCUUGCCACAGUUCUGUUGUAUGAUUAUUUCCACUCUCAUGUCAGAGAGGAGAACACCGAGUCACAGAGAUGUUAAGUAACUUUCCCAGGGCCACACAGCAGCAUUCGGAUGGAGAAGGCAUACACAGAAAUGUCCCAUGCUUCCUGGCAGGUGGAAAAAAUACAGAAAAAUAGACAAGUCUUACGUGGCACAGUUGUUCAUAACAAAACAAUAGGCCUUUUCUUAAUCAAGAGGCAUUUAGUUUUUCUUUUUUUUUAAGUGAAGGUCAAAGUACUAUGUAUUCAAAUUCCUACUCAACUGUUUUUGUUUUUUGUUUUUUCUUUUUUCCCCUAGAAAUCAAACCAGGAAUAACCUAUGCUGGCCCCUUGACGGAAUUGUCCCCGAGUGUUUCCUGACACAGAUUUCUGCUUUCAGUCCCUCACAACUAAAGAAUGGGGCUCAACUUGACACUUGCAAAAUUACCAGAUGAUGAACCGCGUGGCCCAGGGAAUCACACCCCAAGUAACACGAGCGACCGACUCGCAAGGAACGCCACCGUUCACAACGAAUUCGACACUAUCGUCUUGCCUGGGCUCUACCUCGUUAUAUUCGUGGCAAGCAUCUUGCUGAAUGGUCUAGCAGUAUGGAUCUUCUUUCACAUUAGGAAUAAAACCAGCUUCAUAUUCUAUCUCAAAAACAUAGUGGUGGCCGACCUCAUAAUGACGCUGACGUUUCCGUUUCGCAUCGUCCAUGACGCGGGACUGGGACCGUGGUACUUCAGGUUCAUCCUCUGCAAAUACUCCUCGGUUCUAUUUUACGCCAACAUGUAUACUUCCAUCGUGUUUCUGGGGCUGAUCAGCAUCGAUCGCUACCUGAAGGUGGUAAAGCCAUUUGGCGACUCUCGCAUGUACAGCAUAACCUUCACAAAGGUUCUGUCUGUCUGCGUCUGGGUGCUCAUGGCUGUCCUGUCCUUGCCAAACAUCAUUCUAACCAACGUCCAGCCAACCAGGGAAAAUAUUCAUGAGUGCACGCAACUCAAGAGUCCUCUGGGAGUGGAAUGGCAUCACGCCAUCACUUACGUCAACAGCUGCCUGUUCGUGGUCGUGCUGGUGAUACUGAUCGGGUGUUACAUAGCCAUUUCCAGGUACAUCCACAAAUCCAGCAGGCAAUUCAUAAGCCAAUCAAGCCGAAAGCGAAAACAUAACCAGAGCAUCAGAGUGGUCGUGGCUGUGUUCUUUACCUGCUUUCUACCCUAUCACUUGUGUAGGAUUCCCUUCACUUUCAGUCACUUGGACAGACUUUUAGAUGAGUCGGCACACAAGAUCCUGUAUUACUGCAAAGAAAUGACACUUUUCUUGUCUGCGUGCAAUGUGUGCCUGGACCCCAUCAUUUACUUUUUCAUGUGUCGCUCAUUUUCAAGAAGGCUAUUCAAAAAAUCAAACAUCAGAACAAGGAGUGAAAGCAUCCGAUCACUACAGAGUGUCAGAAGAUCCGAGGUCCGCAUAUACUAUGAUUAUACUGACGUGUAGGAAUUCAAGGUCCCAAGGCCCGCUCCUGUUUGCCAGUAUGUACAAAGUGUAAAUAAACGUGUAUUUUCAUUACCCUUGCUUGAGCCCAUCAAAAUGUGGAUGAAAAGAGAACUGCAAUGUUAUGAAUUUGGGGUAUAAUUUGGAACUGAGGAAAACAUUAAGGCAUAAUGAAGAAAGUGAAAUUGGCGAGAUGGCAGAUGGCUGAGCAGCGGGGAUCAUGACUCAAAGUUUAAGGAGCAGAUUUCAGGGGCAGCAAAAGCCACAGCUAUGCCAGCGCACUGCAGUCAUCUUCCAGAAGUACUGAUGCUCUGAAGCCACUGUCGAGAGGACAGGAAGUAGAGAGGACUCUGUUCGACCUUGAUCCUUAAGACUUGGGAAAGAAAAUGCUGUUUCCAACACAGCUCAUUUGUUGCAGAUGUAACUCAGUAAACAUGGAUUGCUAGGUUUCUCUGUCAUUGUAUCUAUGACCUGUUCACAACGUUAGCCACAGCCCCUUGUCUAUGUUUACGUUUUAUGCACAUUAGAAAAACUGGCACAGCGCAGGAGUAGGCAAGGAGGUUCAACUGUAUUUUUUUAAGCAAUGCACUUGAAAGACUGGAGUCACUUAACUGAUUUUAAACUUAGGUUAUUUCAGAGAAGAAAAAAGUAUGACUAAGUAUUAAGACAAGUAGCUUUUGAUAAAACACUGACCUUACAGUGCCGUUAUUAUACCCCUAUGCUGAUUUUAAAUCUUAUGUGCUGGGGCAGAGAACAGAAGAUGAAGCCUUCAUUAAUAGUCAAGUACAUAUAGUUUAUUUAAAAGCCAUUUAGUACUCUUUAUUUUAUAAAAACUAUAGUUUUAAAUUAUAUCUCAUCUCCAAUAGGAAUAUCAUUCGUGUUAAACCUUCAGUUGUGGAGCUCAAUACAUCAAGUCAAAGAGAUUAAGGGUAACUUAAAAUCUUAGAAUAAUCUCUCCUUCUUCAAUAUAAACCUUUGAACCUUCAUGCUUUUUCAAAGCCUUCAGCUGCCUGACCACUGUCGAGGUUCCUAACAGGGACAAGCUGCCAGGGAAGCAGUAAAAGACCAGGAGCGAAGCCACGUUUGCUGAUGAAAAGGCAUCAUGGUUAACGAAGACAAAGCAGAUGCACAGGUGUAACGGUGCAAGGCUUCAUUUUAUUUAGACUCGUACAAACGAUCUGCAAAAUUCUGAAAAGCUAAAGUGAGCAAAAAAGAAGGAAGCAGGGCCCAAGAGUAACUCAGCCUAACAGUGACUACCAAAGUUAGGUUCAAGAGCAGAAAGGGGGUCUAAUAGGUGAGUCAGGUUUAACAGAAAGGAUGGAAGCAAAGAGGUUAAAAGAACUGUCUAAGGACCUUUAUCAGAAUAUCUAUUUCUCAUCAAGAUUCCAAUUCCAUAAACUCCAGGGGAUCUGCAGUACAUGAAUUAACACACAUCUCUCUUGGAUAUGUGCCUAGCUACCACCACCUGCUGCUCGCUGUGUUCACUAGCUGGGUUAAGAUAGCCAUGCUUAGAGUAGGUAUUUAAGAAGACAGUUUGAAAGGCUAAUUCCUUUCUCCAUUCUCCUCCUAACACCCAGGCUGAGGUACACCUGCCCCGUAUAAAGAGGAGGAGCAAUGCCACAGCUGGGAAAACCCUCAGACAGCGUGUCCUAGACUCGCCUUCCUCUGCCUGUCUCUACAUCACGGCUCACAAACAGUCCUUCAAACCAUCACGAAUCUGUCACAUGGUUAACAACUAAGCACAAAAUUUAUGAUUGGUGUGACUUCAGCAGGCGUUUAGAAGAGGAGGCUGCAGCAUUCAGCCUCCCAAGGCACAAGCCUCUGCAGAGACAACUCAACACACGGGUCAGAUAACAGAGGGGCCAGGAUAUCGGGCCACCAAGGGUGCUGGCGUCAGGGAACUAUUACACAACUAGGGCUAGAUAACCGCCGCCUACGAGAAGUCUGCCAGGCUCCAGAAGAAACGAAACAUGGGACCCAAUGAGCCUUCUGGUCAUGAUAAAGUCACUCAAGUGGAACCACACAUCCUCAAUCAACCCGUCUGUGCCCUGCCUGGGAAUCAGACAAGGGCAACACGCACAGCUGCGCCCUGAGCAGCUCAUUCAAGGAGCAGACACAGAAGCGUGGCCCCACCGAGUCCUCACUCUAAUGACUCCAACUGGUCUGCGAAAAACAGCCCAGAGCUCACCGCUGUGCGCCACACGUUAACUGGACAGACAUGCAGCUCUCUACAGCAUGAUGGCCCCAAACCGCAGAAAACCUUCUCAGUCGCACCACCAAGGAAACUAAAUUGCCAAAGAUGACCACACAACACUCACACGAACCAGAGGAAUACACAAGUGUGCUUAGCUAGUAGCAGCUGGCUAGACAGCGAAGGAGACUGAGUCUGCAAAUUUCAGGUAUGGCUUACUCGUUGGGCAAAAAAAUAAACAGGAAAAACAAAAACAAAAAACUAAAAAAAACCCUGCAUUCAGUUUAACCUCAGACAAGCUCCCUGAAGUCUCCCCACCACAAAACCUUCCCCUAAACUUGCGAGCACCUGGUCCUCCCACACAUCACACAGCUGAACAGGCGACAUCUGUUUAUCGGAAGAACUCUGGGGAAAUUUAUCAAGCUGAUACACGUUCACACACGGAGGCAUGGGAAAGUCUUCUGCCUUAUAUAUGAGUUGACCUGAGUUCCAUGCUAGCAGAACCGCCUGCUGGUGGCCUAUCAAACAUACACUGCACAUCUGUUUGAUUAUUAAAGAAAAGGGCAUGCUGACAAGAAGUAAAGGAUGUCCAUGUCAAAAAUAAAGAGUAAAUGCCUCUCUUCCUGGGACAUCAAUGCUGGUGUUCUGUUGAUGAUAAGACUCUCCUCCCAGAUGCCAAGUCCAUACUGAUUCGCUGUGUAUGUGCGGAAUUUUUUUCUUUUUUUUUUUUGAAACCUUGAAGGAAUGCAUCCCUGGAUUGUUUUAUGUUCUUUGUUCUGACAUCAAACUGCACUGAAAACCAUGUUCCUUUGGAGUGAUUCCUCAGAGUUAUCUGAGAGGCUGUGCCCCAGACUUUAUUCCUCAGUUUGGCUCAAAUAAAACUCUUUUCCAUUCCUAUUACAGGUUCUUUAUUAUUUUCCUCAACAUAAUCAAAAUGAAGUAUUUACUCUCUACAUCCGUUAAGUCUCAUUCUGACCAAAGCUUCUCUCAGUGGCUUCUGAAGACUCGUUUUCCUAACUUGCUCAAAUGAUUUACUAAAAAGCUGAGCAGAGUGCUAAGCAAAUAAAUCGUCUUAUGAAGUAGUGCACUACCCUCCAGCAGGAGUCACCGACCUCUGGGAUCUAACCUCUGGCGAUCAGAGGCGGAGCUGAUGGAAAAGUCAUAGAAAUAAAGGGUGCAAUAAACGUCAUGGGCUGAAUCAUCCCCAAACCACCCCCGAUUCCCAGUCCAUGGGAAAAUUUUCUUUCAGGAAACUGGUCCCUGAUGCCGAAAAGGUCAGAGACUGCUACUCCAAGGGACUCAUCCUGUGUGUGCUCAGACGCCCAGUCAUGUCAGAUUCUGUGAACCCCAUGGACUAUAGCCCGCCAGGCUCCUCUGUCCAUGGACUUUCCCAGGCAAGAAUACUGGAGUGGGUUGCCAUUUCCUUCUCCAGGGGAUCUUCCCGACCCAGGGACUGAACCCACCAUUCUUGCAUCUCCUGCAUUGCAGGUGGGUUCUUUACCAGUGAGCCACCUGGAAACCCCAGGAAGCCCAUCGCAUUUAUCUUUACCCACAGGACCAGACACGACAGUUGGGGGGACAUUCCCUGCCUCUCUCCCACGUGGAUAAUACAUGUUCACUCAACAAACAUUUCUCAGUGCCUGCGACAGGAGUGGGCAACAGAGAUUGCCACUGCGCAUUCUGGCUGGGAUGGACAUUAAAAAAGGCGACAUAGGAAGAACAUGAACAACGCCAAGACACUAGAGACACGCCCAGAAUUAGUGACAGGUGAGUCUUAAGAGCAAAUGGGAGCAGAAUGAAAUAAAGAGAAAGGAUAUUAUUUUGGAGGCUCAGAGGGAUAAAAGAAAAUAGCCGCUUCUGCUUCAUGGCCAUCUUCUCAAAAAACUAUGCCUACAGGAGGAAAUACACGCACUGAGAUUUUAUUUUUGUGACAGUGAGUUCUCAAUUUUGACUCUUUGCUAAUAUCAUGGACUGAAAUUAAUUCAGUCUGAUUCUUAAGGUUAUAUCUAUUAUUAGCAACAAAGAAAAUUUUUUUGAGUAAUUCAACUAACUGAGACUAGGCAUUCGACUCAUGACUCAAUAUUAGUGCCUACUUCAAAGUGAGGUGUUUGUUAGUCGACAAAACAUGUAAAUAUUGCUCAUAUCAGUUCUUUUUAUAAACUGUCACCUCUGCCAAUCUUCCAGUAGGGGGAGAUAUUGUAACAGACAUUUGUGUCUCCAAUUACAACUUUCGCAUAAAGGGGAGCACACAACUGCCAAUGAA